UGCUCUGCAAUGCUUUACAUACCUAUAAAACUUACUUAUCUUUUAUUAUUAGUCGUGGCAAAAAAAAAUAAAUUUUUUUUGGGGGCACAGAAAAAAUUUUUGCUUCAGGGCAAAAAAAUCUCACGAACGGCCCUGCAAUAUGUUCAAUUGGGGGAGAUCAGGCUAGAGUUUCCGCGAGUCAGUAAAAUGGAAACAAUGACAAAUAAUUCAGAUAUUGAAGAUCGACAACAAUUCGGAACUUCUUCACAUAGAAGUUUACAUGAAGUUCGAAGGUCCUUAAGCGGGUUGAAUUCUAGGGUUCCUCGUCAAAGACCAGGUUCAUUCUCUAUCGGGAUAUGAUUUCUUCAAUUGUUUUGUUAUCAAAGUAAUUCCUUAUGCCUUUGUUUUGGUUUGAAAUAGCUGAACAGAUUCAUAUGUGUCUGGUACGUGAAAGUUUUGUUGUAGUUGUACUGAAUUAAAGAUUCUUUUGUCAGGUUCAAGAAAAUUAGAGUUAUGGAUUAGGGUUUUUAUGUAUUAAUUUCUUUUUCUCUUUUGCUGUUACCAAUGAAACUUGUGUUUUUGUGUAUAAGCUGUUGUUGUUAUGUGCAAGUAGAUAUGAAGAGAGUGAUAAGAGUAAGGUUUGCAGAGACUGAAGUUGAUUUUCCAGUAAUUGGAAAACGUAAUCCUUAUGCACUACCGGCAAAAGAAGCCCUUCCUCCUACUUGUGAUGUGCAGUUGAAGAACCAAAAACAUCAGAGUAUGUAUUUUAUAAGAAACUUCGUACAGAUGCUGAUGGUAGUUUCAACUCGUAUACACAUAAGAAACAGGACACCACAGAAGCAAAUAAACCUGUUUGAGAGCCGAGCAACACACGCAAUCCUGUUAAAUUUGAUGAUCUGAGAAGGUCUUUGAUGCCUGUUGCAGUGGUAACACCAAUUAAAGUCGGAUCACCUCAGAUGUCCCGGCCAUCUCUGUCAUUACCAGGGGAGUCAAGGAACUCAGGGGCUCAAAACAGAAAUGUGGAAGUCUUUGCAGCAAAGAGGAAGAAAUUACUUCGUUGGGCUUUGGAAUUCUCAUCUAGUGACAUUAGCCAGUGCCACUCAAAAGGGUACGUUUUGGUAUCAGUUCUCCUACAACGGCUAAUUCCUGAGAGCAACAAAACUGCAAGCAUGAUUUGUUCUACUCAAAAGACAAAGCAUCCAGUGUCGACCACCAAGUCUCAGUUGCUUGCCCUGGAGGAGCUUCCUGAAAGCUCAUCUUCGCCUGUGAAUUUUGUUCGACCUUUUGCUAAGCAUUGCAUAGAAAAUGGUCUGUCAAACUGUUGGUCCAACCAGUUUAGAGAGAACAUUUUCAUGCAGUUGGAUACUAAGAAUUCUGGUUCUCCUUUAGCUCAGCAGGCCAACAAAUUUCACCUUCAGUGUCGAAAGAGAUACUCUGAUGAUUUUACAGAUGAUAAAAGACGUAGAAGUCUGCAGAUGAUGAGGGAAUCAGAUUUUGAUCUUGAUCUUACAGAUGAUAGAAAACUUGGAAGUUUGCAGAUGCCAAGGGAAUCAGAUUAUGAUAUUGACUACCUAGAUAGAAAAGAAUUAUUCAGUGGAUAUGGACAUCCUUCACUAAAGCAAUCUAAGUCGGACUUCUCAAUCCGUGGAAACCUGCAUUCAUUCUGGGAUUAUUCAGAGAAGCAACUUGGCCUUAGUAACAAGUCAAGCUCCAAAGAGUUGGAUGAGCUUUAUGAUCUAAAUGAACCCCUGCUUAGAAGUGAACAAUGUACUCAAUAUUUGGGUUACUAUGACUAUGAUUCAGGAAAUGAACAAUAUCUUUCUUGCAAUUCUCCAAUCACCAUAUUGGAUUGGAGUCCCACUUCAAGUACUUUAUCAGAAGAUUAUAACUGGACAACUUCAAACCUCAAGUAUAGCGCAACUGAGCUGCAGUCUUCAUCUGAUUUUGCCCUUUGUGAGGGUCCAGGUUUUCCUUUGUUGGACUCCUACUCAGAAAGCUAUCCUCUACCUGGUUUGGGAAGAAGCCAAAUCAAUGAAAACAGGAACUGUCAAGUUGCCAUCUCGCAUCAUUUCCCACCGAUGAACAUAUCUUUCAACUCCCCCCAUUAUCUUUCUUUUACAGAGAACAUUAAGAUGAGUGGUGAGUACAUAAACAGAAGUAUCUUACACUCUCCGUGUGGUAACGUCAGAUUCAUGAGCAUGGGUUAUAGGGAUACGAUUUUGCCAAAUUUGGUGAAACUGCAACUACCCUCUGGUGAUAACUUCAAUUAUGAAACGAAGGGAUUAUCAGCCAUCGAUUCUGUUGAAGAGUAUCCCUCACCAGGCCAAUCUGAUUUACAACUGGUCGCGUAGGAUACAAAAGGUCUAUAUUCUUCCUCACAUAUGGGAGCCAUGAAUGAUAUGUGCCUGGAAGGCUUAAGCCACGAAGCAGCAUUUUGUCACAAUGAUGAAGAUAUAAUAGAUACCCAUGACUACUCCCCCCUUGGUUUCAAGUUUUCUCUGAACACAGAAAUGGUUUGUUCGAGGCUGCUUGACAAAUCAAGAUGGAUAGAAACAGGAAAAAAAAGAAAGAUAAAAAAGAUGGAUAGAAAUAGAACCAUUAGAAACGUCUCACGACUAUUGGGGAUAAAUAUUCAUGUCACCACCUUAUUCUGCUUCUGGACUUCUUGUGCUUGGACAAAUAUCAUCUUUGGGUUGGACUGCACAGCUAGCAGGUACUCUUUCUCAGUUGUUGAUAUUGCCACAGAGAACUACCCACUUUUUUGCAUAAUAUGAUAUACCCAACUUUCUCCACCAGUUCAGUUUCUGGAGAAAAUGGUUGGCUAGGAUGAUACCUUAGUUUUUUGAUAGGGUUACAGUACUUGCAUGUAUUUUGGUCAAGCUAAUGAUGACUGUUAGUUUGUAUUAAUUCAUACUUUAAUAAUAGUGCACAUUG